AUGUCGCCGCCUCCUCCCAAAGUCGGCGCUGCCGCAACCGCAGUCACAUCGAUACCUUCCUCGCCCAUCAACAAUCAAUGCAAGCCUCUGCGGCGCCGCGUCCGAGAGCUCGUGUGGGACAGCUUCGACCGCAGCCCGGAGGAGCGCCGGUUCAUCGCCAAGAUCGACUUCUUCAUCCUCACGUGGGCCGGCUUUUCAUAUUUUUCGAAGAACCUGAAUUCGAAUAAUCUAUCGAAUGCGUAUGUGUCGGGGAUGAAGGAGGAGCUGGACGUCGUGGGGAAUCAGUAUCAGACUUUCACGACUAUGUGGACGAUUGGCUACGUCGUCUCCCAGGUCCCUUCGCAGCUGAUCUGCACAAGAGUGCGCUUGUCGUUGUGGUGCCCAAGCUGGGAGCUAUUCUGGGUCGUCGUGACGUUUGCAAGCUCUGCCGUCAAGACCCCGUAUCAACUAUACGCUUGCAGGUUCCUGGUUGGCCUGGCGGAAGGCACAUUCUACCCUGCAGUGCAUACGGUACUCGGCGGGUGGUAUACCAAGCAAGAACUUGGUAAGAGGGCAUGCAUUUUCUUCGCCUCGGCCUUCAUCGGAUCCAUGUUCAGCGGGUAUCUUCAAGCUGCAUUGCAUACAGGGAUGAAUGGCGUCCACGGCCUUGCGGGGUGGCGGUGGCUCUUCAUCUUUGACGGGGUGAUCACUCUACCAAUGGCUGUGUGGGGCUACUACGCUCUUCCGGAUCUGCCCAGUAACACUCGUGUCCAUUGGCUGAAGCCGGCGGAGAAAGAGCUCGCGCUCGAGCGCAUGAGGAAAGCCGGGAAGCACCUGGAAGAGCCGUUCACGAUGAAAGGCCUGCGGCGCAUCCUCAAAAAGUGGCACUUUUGGGUGUACACGGCUUACUACACGUUCUUCAUUUGCAGCGAAAAUAUUGGAACUUACAUGAACCUCUGGCUGAAGAGCCUUGACCGAUACUCGGUCUCCGAGAUCAACACUUACCCCACUGUCAUCAAUGCAAUCACCAUCGUGACGACGCUGUGCUACGGCUGGGUCAGCGACGGGCUUCAGGUGCGCGCGCCAAUCGUCUACUUUUCGCUGGGCGUCUGUUUCUUCGCCGCCACGAACCUAGCCGUCUGGGACGGCGUGCCGUUCGGGCUCAAAUGGGCCUCCUUCUACCUCACCGGAUUCGCUCAAGGCUCCGGCCCCGUCUUCCUGACUAUGGUCAACGAGCACUGCGCCGGCGACAGCUUGGAGCGCAAAUUCAUCCUCGGGACGACCAACUCGGUGGCGUAUGCGUUCAACGCGUGGAUCCCGCUCAUCACGUACAACACCAACUACGCGCCGCGGUUCCUGGUGGGCAACUCGGCUACCGUCGGCUUGAUCGUGUGCGCUGCAGCGACCCUCACACUGGCGGUGUGCCUGCAGAGGAGGGAUGCGCACGCAAAACAGGGAGGCGAUGCAGUGGGGGAUGUGUAG